AUGGUCGUGUUCAGCCUAAGUGUAAUUUUUAGCGUGUUUUCUGUGGGCGUGUCUGCAGAGGAGACCCUGCUAGUUACAACUAAGCAGGGUGAAGUCGAAGGCGCGUUGUCGGAAUAUGGAUUUUAUUACGAAUUUCUCGGUAUCAGAUAUGGUGUGCCAGUCAAGUUUAGGGCUCCUGAAGAACCGCCAGUCUUCACAGGCGUAUACAAAGCGGACAAUCGGGAGGUGCUCUGUCCUCAAUUCCCAGUUCCAGAUCCGUUGGCAUCGCCCAGCGACAACGAAGACUGUCUUGUUCUCAACAUAUAUGUACCCUCUCAACUACAAAACACCUCUCUUCCAGUUAUAGUCUUCCUACACGGUGGGGGCUUCGGAGUUGGCUCAGGGUCCUCCGUUUUCUACGGACCCCAAUACCUCGUCAGUCAUGGUGUUAUUGUAGUGACAAUAAACUAUAGAUUGAAUGCCUACGGUUUCUUAAACCUGGGUAUCAGUGAAGCACCGGGCAACGCUGGCUUGAAAGACAUCCGUGCCGCCCUGAGAUGGAUCAAAGACAACAUCCCCAAUUUCUUCGGUAAUCCCGAUAACGUGACAGUUUUCGGUGAAGGUAGCGGUGGGUUAGCCGCUAUUUACCUCACCAUGUCCGAGUCUACUAAGGGCUUAUUCCAUCGCAUAAUUUCGGAAAGUGGAACACCGUUCGCCCCUCAGUCUUUCGAUGCCAACCCUUUGAAUACCGCAAUCAAAAUCGCAAAGACCUUGGGCGUGAAUACAAAAGACCCGUACGAUCUUUUCGAGUUAUACUCGGAAUCUUCCAUUUCUAAAGUGGAAGAGGCUAUCGGUAAGCAGAUGAACGCUCAGUCGGUAUUCUUACCAACGCUUGAGAAGGUGUUCGAUGACGAGGAACCGUUCUUACUGGAUACUCCAUUUAACAUGCUAACAACUGGUAAAAUAGCAAACCCUGUACCAAUGAUAAUUGGUUUAAACACCGUAGAAGGCCUCACUUGUGUACUAGACUACAAUACAAUCAGUAGCCAAAUGGAUAGAAUAAAAAAUGAAGACUAUUCUGCAUUAGACCAGAAGAGUCUUAUCGUACCCUCGAAGGAGAAGUCAGAGUUUCGGAAUAUCUUAAAAGACACUUACUUUGUUAAUACGUCAACGGACGAAGCCGUCAUCGGUGGAAUUAUAAAUUUAAACACCGACUUCUCUUAUGUCGGACCAAUGUCACUAUUCUGCCACCUCUAUGCUAACAAUUCUGGGUUGCCAGUAUACACGUAUAUUUUCAACUAUUUGGGUAACAGAAACUUAGGAAGAAUCGUGACCAACAGCACAUUAGAAGCGACAGCUAAUAGAGACGAAUUGUUUUAUAUCUUCGAGUUGGAGCGCUUACCUUUACCAAUGGACGAAAAUGACGCAAGAAUGGUUACUUUUAUGACCAUGUUGUGGACAAACUUUGCAAAGUUUGGAUUGCCUACUCCAGACUCAAGUAAUGGCGAGUGGGUACCAUAUCCGUAUCACCUGGGUAUUGAUCUGGAACCGCAAUACGUUACCGAGCUCACUUCCGAACGGGCGUAUUUCUGGCGCAGCAUUUACUAUAAAUAUGGCGCCGAGAUUCCAUGA